GAUCUAGGGAAUUUCGGUUUGGGCGAAUUGCGCGCCAGGUGCGGAAUACAAAAAAAGGGACUAUUGUGCGAUGUUGGCCGCGCGGAAUCGCCCCACGAGCCCCAAAAAACCGUCCGCACUGGCUUUUUGCCCGACGAGUUCGAACUAAGCGAUAAGGAAUCAGUCCGACCAUAACCUCAAUUUCGUGUCAAAAUUCAUCACCAGUUGAAGCCUAUCAUUCGUUCGAGUUUGUGAUAAAUAGAUCGAAGGGCAAGUGUUUCCUAACCUCAAAAAUGUGGCCUGAAGUGGACAGGGCGCGGAGCGAAAACCGCCACGAGUUGGUUUUAGGGGGCGCCGACAUCUCCCAACGCUUGAAAAAAGAAGGUCUAGAUGCCAAAAUUUUCGAACUAAUUGGUUUGAACUACCUAGAUAUACAUGAGACAAGUUUGGAAAAUCUUCCAGACAAUAUUUCUAAACUAUCAAAUUUGCAGUCCCUCGUUCUCCAUUCAAACAAAUUCGAAAAUUUCAACAUUAACAUCACACGUUUGGAGAAACUCAAACUUUUAGAUUUGUCCAGGAAUUGUCUUAAAGAAAUUCCAGCUGAAAUUACCAAUUUAUCCAACAUAAUCACGUUUAAUUUCGCCAAUAAUAACCUAGAACACUUCCCCAAGCUAGUAAGUAACCGCAAAUUAACUGUGUUAGAUUUAUCCAACAACAAACUAAAAACCUUCCCGGACGUUUGUUAUGAGGAAUUAUCAAACCUCUCGGAGCUCAAACUCACUGACAACCAAAUUGAGUCAAUUCCGCCCGAAAUUAAAAACAUCGUCGCGCUAAAGGUGCUCGAAUUGGGGCACAACCAAAUUAAAGUCGUCCCUGGCGAGCUCGCGCUGUGUUCUAAACUCAAGACCCUAAACCUCAAAAACAACCCCAUUUCCGACCGCCGUCUCCUAAAACUGAUCGAUCAAUGCCGCAUUAAACAAAUCAUCGACUAUGUGAAAGCCCACGGCCCCAAAAGCGUGACCACCGCACCCCGUGACGACCAAAAAACCACAACUGAGAAAGAUUCAGACAGCGACGAAGACAACUACAAACACACCAUUCGUGUCCACACUAAAGACAGCCCCAAAAUCGUCGUUAACGAAAGCGUGAAGUCCGUACGCGAAUUCUUCGUGGGUUGUCUGGUAACUAAUAUCACCUUCUCGGAAGACAGCUUCAAAAAAUUCAUUCAAGUACAGAACAAACUGCACGAAUCGGUGUGUUCAAAGCGAAAUCUGGCGACGAUUGCCACCCACGAUUUCAACAAGUUGCCCCCUGGAGACUUCCAGUACACAACGUUGCCCCCCAAUGAGCUCAUCAUUCACCCCCUUAACCGCACGACAACGAUGACGGGGUCCGACCUUUUCACGAAACUUCAAACCGAAGCACACAAUCUGCGUAAAGAAAAAAAACGCAACACGUACUCCGGGAUACAUAAAUAUUUAUACUUGAUAGAGGGGCACCCCAGGUACCCCUGUCUGCUAAACUCAGAAGGUGUGGUCAUUUCGUUUCCACCAAUCACCAAUUCUGAAAUUUCGAAAAUCCAUACCGGUACCAAAUCAAUGUUUAUUGAAGUCACAAGUUCCGUGUCGCUUCACGCUUGUAAAGCCGCCAUCGAAGCGCUUCUAAAAGAGUUGAUAGUUUUAACUGGAGUAGACCUAGACGUUACGCAGAUGCGUUCUGUGGACUCUCAAGGGGGCUUGAAAGUCGUGUACCCUUCAAAGACGGAUCUGUGUUUCGAAGGGGGCGAAAUCAAAGUCGUCAGGGACUAAAAUUAACGUUUAUUUAUUGUUAGAGUAGGACUUCUUUUUGUAUUCUACUUAAUAAACGGUUUAUAUUCGA